GAAUCUUUUUUCUUCUUUCACCUUUUUUCUUUGCUCUUUCGCAAAAGUGAGAUUGUGAUUCGUUUUGGAAAUUGUUAGUUUGCGGUUUCUUUUAUUGAGAGAUAGACCUUAAACAAUGGCGAGCUUGAAUUCCACGCUGGUAAAGGUGUCAGUGGGAGCUCUUUCUCGCUGCUCUCUCUCUCUCUCAGCUCAUAGCACUGUCUACAGAUGCUGCAGUGAACAGUUGCUUGGGGUUCGGAUUCAGAUGGGAAUUUGUAUUCGCCGAGGUUGUUGAUGGUGCUGAGAUCGCGAGGUUGAAGAUGGAGGAAAUGAGAGGAGGUGUUCCCACGUGGCAGGACGAGUUAGCGAGUCUCGUUGACACCGCGUUACAAUACGACGGAGCUCGGUUAGGCCAGUUGGCGGCGGAAUCCGGAUCAAAGAGAUCGGGUUUCGGUUCGGUGGAUGGAUCCCAACCAGUGGAGAGCUUGAAGGAUCAAAUGGCUGGGUUCAUGAAGUCAUGGGGAGAGAUGCUUCUGGACCUGGGGAAGGGAUGCAAAGACAUAUUGCAGCAGACGGUGGUGAAUGAGGAAUCGUUCGUGAUGCAGAAGCUCAGUAAACCGGCGGCUAAGGUUAAGAAGAAGCUAAGGUUUUUGAACGAGUUCUUGCCUGAGGAUCGUGAUCCUGUUCAUGCCUGGCCUGUGAUUUUCUUCGUCUUCCUCCUUGCUCUUACAGCACUAGGUUUUAGUGCGGAACGCGAUAGAUCAGUCCCGGUGAUCAAGAAAAUCUGCUUGCAUCCUCCUGGUGCAAGCCGUGUACAGCUUCCAGACGGUAGAUACUUAGCUUACCAGGAGCUCGGUGUUUCAGCUGACAGAGCUAGAUACUCUCUCAUCGUUCCUCAUUCUUUUCUUUCCUCUCGACUUGCAGGAAUACCCGGAAUGAAAAGAUCAUUGCUAGAAGAAUUUGGUGUCCGGUUAGUGGCAUAUGAUCUUCCUGGGUUUGGAGAGAGUGACCCUCAUCCAGGUCGGAACCUUAGCUCGUCAGCCUCCGAUAUGAUUAACCUGGCUGAUGCCAUCAGAAUCGGCGACAACAUCUGGGUACUGGGUUACUCCAGUGGUAGCAUGCAUGCCUGGGCUGCCAUGAGAUACUUUCCUGACAGAAUAGCCGGUGCAGCAAUGGUGGCUCCAGUGAUCAAUCCGUACGAGCCAGGCUUCACCAAUGAAGAAACGGCAAAAACAUGGGGGCAAUGGCUACCGAAGAAGAAAUUUAUGUACUUUUUAGCACACCGGGUGCCGAGCUUCCUUCCCUUCUUCUAUCGUAGGUCCUUUCUCUCCGGCAAGCUCGAGCAGCUGGAUAAGUGGAUGUCUAUAUCAUUAGGAGAGAGAGAUAAACUUGUUGUCAAAGGUCCAGCUUUUGAGGAGUUUUACCAAAGGAAUGUGGAGGAAUCUGUCCGACAGGGAAGUGCCAAACCAUUUGUUGAAGAAGCCAAGAUGCAGGUAUCGGACUGGGGCUUUAGCCUGUCCGAAUUCCGAGUUCAGAAGAAGUGUAGGAAAAAUGGCUUCCUCUCUUGGCUAAUGUCCAUUUACAGCGAAGACGAAUGUGAGCUCACCGGAUUCCAAAAACCCAUUCACAUCUGGCAGGGGAUGGAUGACGAGGUUGCUCCGCCGGCAAUGGUGGAAUACAUAAGCAGAGUCAUUCCGGAAGCGACGGUCCAUCGGCUCCCGAGAGAAGGCCACUUCUCCUUCUUCCUUUUCUGCGACGAUUGCCAUCGAAACAUCUUCUCCGCUCUCUUUGGACAUCCCAAAGGUCCUCUCCGUAAAGUAGAAGAGAGAGUAAGCAAUACUGAAACAUAGAAAGACUUCUCCUUUUCCAAGUUUGGUGAGUAAACACAUCAAUCGAAGAGGUUGAUGAUUUUUUUUGUGUGUGGAGAAUGUGCCAGCAAAUGAAAUAUUCAUACUGAAGGGUCCA